GCAGACCUCCUCUAAACCGUAAGGGGGCGGAAGUAUCUUCCUUGCAUCAAGUUGAAAUCAUGGAUUGCUCGUCAUUACCAGCUGAGAUUUGGGAACUGAUCAAGCAGAGCCAACAAGCCAAGAAACAUUCGCACUGUCCCCAAAGCAAGUUCCGAGUAGGCGCCUCCCUGCUGACGAAAGAUGGCAAGGUUUUCAAUGGUUGCAAUAUCGAAAAUGUUUCAUUUUCGCUAACGGUUUGCGCUGAGAGAUGCGCCAUAUUCAAAGCUAUAUCCGAGGGCUAUAAAGAAUUCAAAGCCAUUGCUGUGGCCAGUGACCAGAAAGACAAGUUUAUUUCACCAUGUGGCGCUUGCCGACAAGUCAUGCAUGAGUUCGGCGGGAAGGACAUGGAGGUGUACCUUACUAAGCCAGACCUAACUUGGAAGCGGACAUCCAAUGAGGAGCUACUACCCUUUGCCUUCGAUGAUAUCAGAAUAUCGGUUGAAUGAGACCCUGCCAUGGAAACAGCCAGUACCCUAAGGAGCAUGGACCUUCGAAAACUGCAAUGAUUUAAAGUGAUGUAGAGCAAUACUCCAGACAGUGUUUACCUAAUGCGCCUUUGGUGUUCCGAGAUAACUGCCUAUGUAUAGCCCAAGUUUCAUACAGACACAGAUUACUACCACCGAGACUGCACAAAGAGGGCGGGGUUAAAGGUUAAAACAAGUCACAAUACUCGCAUUAACGCAGCGUCUCUAGUGAUGAGUCCCGUUGCAUGCGGUUAUGCGGUCAUUUUGUUUCAUGCGCUCCUUCCAUUUGAGUUUUAUUUCAUCAUUUUUUUCUUACUCAGAUUUAUUAGUUAAUCGCACCGUAUAAGUUUUUCUUUAUUUGACUUAUUUUGAAUGUUAAUUAUAACGUUUAUAUUAGGUACUUGUUAUUUUUCUUCGUGUUUUUCUUUUUAGCUUCGCAUUUAAUCAAUAAACCGCAAUUUUACUCUUCCUCUGUUAUUAAGCAAUUUUUAAAAAUGGCCUUGACGAUAAUUCAUGUGUACAUUCCAGAACAGAUUAAUCGUUUAGAAACUUACCUGUGUA